AUGGAGAAUUUAAGUGAACUCCAGAAUCCGUUGCUGGACAAAAACACUAAGCACAUGGUCAACGGAUACGGCGGCGAUGUUCCCAACAACCAAUACCAGGAGAACAUCAUCAACUACUUUUCCGGUGACGUGGCGAGCGGCAACAAAGUGUCCAACGGUACGUCGGUGACCACCAACGGGCGCAUCAAGACGCAGCAGCUUCUGGACGCCACCUCUUUGCACUUGGCGGUGGAAGCUUUCUACACUCCCAACUUCAUCUUGUACAAAGAGGACAACGGCAGCAUCAAAGCCAAGGAAUACAAAAGCGAGUGUUGCGAGACCACUUUCACGGAGAAGAAGAGCAAAGAGGGGUCCACGCCUACCGCAGGAGGAGAGGCGGAGGAGCCCCAGGGCAAGACUCUGGAGGACGGGGAUCAUGUGAAAAUCCAGACUGUGUCCUAUGAGGUGGAAGAAGAGGAGUACGUGGAGUAUGAGGUACCUGUAGAGCUUUGA